GCAAUCGCCUGCCUGUUGUCAUGCCGCCCUAUGAGAAGUGUGUUAGUUUUCAUAAACGACCAUUCAUUUGGUAUCCCCGUGUCAGAGGAGAGGAACAAGAACGAGAUAAUCGGUGGAGCUUUUGCGGCGCAUGCGUGAUGUAAUUUUCCGGUAGUGCAGAAGGAAUACCAUUACGAGCCGUCGAUAAACGUGUCAUUGCAGUUUCUGCGUUGCUGGGACGGAUUCACAUCUGGUAGGCUGCCGUCCAAUCUGGCGCACACAGGUUCAGUUGGGUACGGCGCCACACUGCCAAUGAACAUUGUGAAGCCCCCAGUCACUAUACAGUGAAGCCUUCUCAUGUCUUCCUGCACUGCGUGACCAGACAAACGAGCCAUAUGCCACACAUCGUGGACCUUUCACUCUUCCCCUUCAAAGACACGACGUUCCUGUUGGUCUACUUGUGCUUUUCUGCGUCCAUAGCUGUAGCAAGCCGAGCACCUCACAUCAUCUUCAUCUUGGCGGACGACCUCGGCUGGAACGAUGUGAGCUACAAUGGAUGCCCACAAAUCCCAACUGGUAAUAUUGAUGCCAUGGCUUGGAACGGGCUACGACUAACGCAGUAUUACACGCAACCCAUGUGUUCACCUUCAAGGGCUGCCCUGAUGACAGGGCGCUAUCCCAUUCGUACAGGAAUGCAGCACUUUGUGCUGGACAACAGGGAGGGAAGAGGUCUCCCGCUCGACCAAAAGCUCCUGCCCGAAUGGCUAGCCGAGCUCGGGUACACAAAUUACUUGGUUGGCAAGUGGCACUUGGGAUUCUACAAGGAAGAGUACACACCCACAAGGCGGGGAUUCCAUCACCAUUUUGGAUUUUGGGGUUCCCAUAUCGACUACUACAAUCACACCGUGACUUUCCCCAAGCCGCCACAACCCAUCAAAUUGGACAAAGAGAGCUUGCAAACUAUGAAAUGGACUACAGGCAUGGACUAUCGAAGUGGACCUCACCCAUUAUGGAAUUACACUGGUCUAUACAGCACAGACGUCUUCACAAGUGAGGCUGUCCGAAUAAUUGGAAACCACCCGGCGGAAAAGCCCUUGUUCCUGUAUCUGGCGCACGGAGCACCGCAUACGGGAGAUCUGCUUGAUCCACUUCAAGUACCUGACUCAUACACAUCGGGCUUCGAGGACAUUGGUCAUGAGGAAAGAAUUAAGUACGCCGGCAUGGUCAAGGCACUGGACAUCUCAGUUGGAGAAGUAUUUCGUGCCCUUGACCGCAAAGGGAUGCUGGAAAACUCUGUCGUAGUGUUCUCUUCAGACAACGGACCCGAUUUAGAAAGAAUGACAUCUAACUACGGAUCGGCGUGGCCACUGAGAGGACAGAAGGAAACCCCCUGGGAAGGAGGCGUGCGGUGUCCAGCAGUGGUAUGGAGUCCUCUCCUGAACACUUCCAGCAGAGUCACGUACGAUGGUCUUGUUCACAUUACGGACUGGCUUCCAACGUUCUAUCACCUUGCUGGUGGCAAUGUCUUGAACUUGGGAAAAAUCGAUGGCGUCAACAACUGGAACGCUUUCUUGAAACUGGAGCCGCCUCAGAGAACAGAGCUCCUCGUUAAUAUUGACCAGAUUGAGGGCUACGCUGCUAUCCGUGAUGGUAAAUUCAAACUGGUCAAGGGUGGUAUAAACAAUGGCAGAUUCGACGUCUGGUAUCCGAUCCUCGGUAAUGUCUCUUGGAGUUCGACACAACCUAGAGGCUCUUGCGAGUCUUCUGUGGUAAAGCACGUCAUAUCUAGGUUUGGGAGACAUCCUGUCUGUGGAUCCGAUGCAAGUAGCUACGCUACACCCAUUCAAUGUGGCGUCCGUUGGAGCAACAAAAGCUGCGAUGCUACAACAUCUCCGUGUUUGUUCGAUUUGUCGGUGGAUCCUUGCGAGUACAAUGACAUAUCUAAGGAACACGCUGAGGUCGUUCAAAGCCUUAUGACGAAGCUGUCCCAGUACCAAUCGGAAUCUCUGCCUCCUGGCAAUCUUGUUCCAGAUCCCAAAUCAGACCCAGUUCAUCAUGAUGGGCUCUGGACAAACUGGGCAGAUAUCCCUUCCCUGCAAGAAGUGACGCCGCAGCAAUCUUCUGCAACAGAGACGUGCAGUUUCCUUUCAUCCGCUGCGUUUCUUUUUCGUGCAGUUACUGGUUUCUUUUACUGGUUGGUUCAUAUGGCUGUGGACGAAUGCUUGGUGCUUCUUUGACGGAUUUGUGGAAACUGGCAAGAGAAUCACAUCUUGUGCGGGCGGUUUAACCUUCACUAAAGAGACUCCGAGUGAAUAAGGCACCUAGUUUCUCGACCUGCAUAUAUAUUGGGAGAUUGGGGUUCCAGUGGUGCUAAGAAACGUAGCCCACUACUCGAUGACACUUUCGCUUUUUUACUCAGCGUGCUCGAAGCUUGUGAAGUUGGGGAUAGCACAUACAGAUUCUGUAAUGGCUUGAUAGAAUUCAGUGCCCAUAAAAAUGGUGCCUGGACCAACCCAUUCUUGAGGUCCAUUGACCCAAUGAUGGACUACACUAUCUGCGGUCGUGUCACAAGGAGGGAAGAAUCUGUCAUACCCCUCUCCCCUUAAAAAUGGAGGAGGGGUCUAUUGCACGUCCAAAUAUUUGUAAAGAUUUUGAGGCCAGACUUCAAAGAGGACCAGCCGUCGUACCUCACAUCAUUGUCUCGCAAACUUGUAAAAAGACACGUUAGGAUGUAAUCUCUCUGUACUUUUUUUUUUACCUACGGAAAGAUGAGAAUUAUGCAGAUAAGUUAAUAUCCUGAAGGAAUACAUCGUGGACGCACUGUACUGCACGCCAGAAUACCGAGGAAGAAAGAUUUAUUCUUCAACCUGUCCUGCGUAGCGAGAUACAAGCCCUCGUCGAGCUCACUCCCAAGCAAAGCGCAGACGUCACAGAGCUCACAGUUGUGUCCAGGAGCAGACAUAGAGGAGGGGUUGGGAUGUCCUGACCUCCUCCGCGAUUUCUGUCUUCAGAUAGUGUUUAAUUGACCCUAGAUCGUGUGUCUGCCAUGCGGCUCAUGGCUGGAUACCGUACUCUGAAAAAUUCUGGGUCCGCCCCUGGUUGCGUCCAUCCCAACUGCAAGCACGUGACUUCUCGUGCGCUGUUAUCUGUGUUAUAUGUGUCUCGCGCACUCGUUAUACGUCAUACCAAGAUUGGGCGAGGAGGAGGCGAGCGAAGAGUGACAGGAUCUCAUAUUCAAAGUGGCCAUAACUCAGUGAGGCGGGAGCGCAGCGUGAAGGCGUUUCGACGGAGAUGUUUGGCACCCAUAAAUCUGCAUUUCAACCAUGAUUUCGUGUAAUAUUCCCAGUUUGAUUCAUGUUGGCAGAUUUAUCGAUUGCCGGUAGUACAAGACUCUGUAGAAUGUGUAUAAAAGCGAAGUACAUAUCUGUA